GGAGCCCCGGGCACAGCAUCCUGGCGCGGGCCCGGCUGCCACCGCCACUGCCGUCGGGGAAGGUCCCAGCGCGGUCAUGGCCUCCCGAGGCGCCCGCCCCGACCCAAGCUCGCAGCACUCCACACAGUAGCCCCGAGGAGAAGCGGCAUGGACGUCGCGGACGGCCGGGCUGGCAGCAUGGAGGAGGCGCACCUGCUCUCGGCUGCCGACGUGCUGUGUCGCUUCUCGGUGACAGCCGAGGGCGGCUUGAGCCAGGAGCAGGUGACCGACGCGCGGGAGCGUUAUGGCCCCAACGAGCUCCCUACCGAGGAAGGGAAAUCCCUGUGGGAGCUGGUGGUGGAGCAAUUUGAGGACCUCUUGGUGCGAAUCCUGCUGCUGGCAGCCCUAGUUUCCUUUGUCCUGGCCUGGUUCGAGGAGGGUGAGGAGACCACAACGGCCUUUGUGGAGCCCCUGGUCAUCAUGCUAAUCCUCGUGGCCAAUGCGAUCGUGGGAGUGUGGCAGGAACGCAACGCAGAGAGUGCCAUUGAGGCCCUGAAGGAGUAUGAACCUGAGAUGGGUAAGGUGAUCCGUGCUGACCGCAAGGGUGUGCAGAGGAUCCGAGCCAGGGACAUCGUCCCUGGGGACAUUGUAGAAGUGGCAGUGGGAGACAAGGUACCUGCUGACCUCCGCCUCAUCGAGAUCAAGUCCACCACACUUCGAGUGGACCAGUCCAUCCUGACAGGGGAAUCCGUGUCUGUGACCAAGCACACAGAUGCCAUUCCAGACCCCCGAGCCGUGAACCAGGACAAGAAGAACAUGCUGUUUUCUGGUACCAAUAUUGCAUCAGGCAAAGCCCUGGGUGUGGCUGUGGCCACAGGUCUGCACACAGAGCUGGGCAAGAUUCGGAGCCAGAUGGCGGCUGUGGAGCCUGAGCGGACACCACUGCAGCGCAAGCUGGAUGAGUUCGGGAGGCAGCUGUCCCAUGCCAUCUCUGUGAUCUGUGUGGCUGUGUGGGUCAUCAACAUCGGCCACUUUGCUGACCCAGCCCACGGUGGAUCCUGGCUCCGUGGUGCAGUCUACUACUUCAAGAUCGCCGUGGCCCUGGCUGUGGCUGCUAUCCCCGAGGGCCUCCCAGCUGUCAUCACUACAUGCCUGGCACUGGGCACAAGACGGAUGGCACGUAAGAAUGCCAUUGUUCGGAGCCUGCCUUCUGUGGAGACCCUGGGCUGCACCUCAGUCAUCUGCUCUGACAAGACAGGGACACUUACCACCAAUCAGAUGUCUGUCUGCAGGAUGUUCGUGGUAGCUGAAGCAGAGGCAGGCACCUGUCGUUUGCAUGAAUUCACCAUUUCGGGUACCACGUACACCCCAGAGGGCGAAGUGAGACAAGGGGAGCAGCCUGUGCGCUGUGGGCAGUUUGAUGGACUUGUGGAGCUCGCAACCAUCUGUGCCCUCUGCAAUGAUUCUGCACUGGACUACAAUGAGGCUAAGGGUGUCUAUGAGAAGGUAGGAGAGGCCACAGAGACAGCCCUGACUUGCCUGGUAGAGAAGAUGAACGUGUUUGACACAGACCUGAAAGGACUGUCACGGGUGGAGCGUGCUGGCGCCUGCAACUCAGUCAUCAGGCAGCUAAUGCAGAAGGAGUUCACCCUGGAGUUCUCCCGGGACCGGAAGUCCAUGUCUGUGUACUGCACACCUACUCGUUCUGACCCCAAGGCCCAGGGCAGCAAGAUGUUUGUAAAGGGAGCUCCGGAGAGUGUCAUUGAGCGUUGUAGCUCAGUCCGGGUGGGGAGCCGAACAGCACCCCUGAGCACCACCUCCAGAGAGCAUAUCCUGGCCAAGAUCCGGGACUGGGGCUGUGGCUCAGACACAUUGCGCUGCUUAGCGUUGGCCACCAGGGACACGCCCCCAAGAAAAGAGGACAUGCGGCUGGAUGACUGCAGCCAGUUUGUACAGUAUGAGACAGACCUGACCUUCGUGGGCUGUGUGGGCAUGUUAGACCCACCGAGACCAGAGGUGGCUGCCUGUAUCACACGCUGUUCCCGGGCGGGCAUUCGAGUGGUCAUGAUCACAGGGGACAACAAAGGGACAGCUGUGGCCAUCUGCCGCCGACUUGGCAUCUUUGGGGACACGGAGGAUGUGUUGGGUAAGGCCUACACGGGACGUGAAUUUGAUGACCUCAGCCCAGAGCAGCAGCGCCAGGCUUGUCGAACCGCCCGAUGCUUCGCCCGUGUGGAGCCUGCACAUAAGUCUCGCAUCGUGGAGAACCUACAGUCCUUUAAUGAGAUCACUGCCAUGACUGGCGAUGGGGUGAAUGAUGCACCGGCCCUGAAGAAGGCAGAGAUCGGCAUCGCCAUGGGCUCAGGCACUGCCGUGGCCAAGUCAGCAGCAGAGAUGGUGCUGUCCGAUGACAACUUUGCCUCCAUUGUGGCUGCAGUGGAGGAGGGCAGGGCCAUCUACAACAACAUGAAACAAUUCAUCCGCUACCUCAUCUCCUCCAAUGUUGGCGAGGUUGUCUGCAUCUUCCUCACGGCAAUUCUGGGCCUGCCUGAAGCCCUGAUCCCUGUGCAGCUGCUCUGGGUGAACCUGGUGACAGAUGGCUUACCUGCCACAGCCCUUGGCUUCAACCCACCUGAUCUGGACAUCAUGGAGAAGCUGCCUCGGAACCCCCGUGAGGCUCUCAUCAGUGGCUGGCUUUUUUUCCGCUAUUUGGCUAUUGGAGUGUAUGUAGGCCUGGCUACAGUGGCUGCUGCCACCUGGUGGUUCCUGUAUGACACCGAGGGACCUCAAGUCACCUUCUAUCAGCUGAGGAACUUCCUGAAGUGCUCUGAAGACAACCCACUGUUUGCUGGCAUCGACUGCGAGGUCUUUGAGUCACGCUUCCCCACAACCAUGGCCUUAUCUGUGCUUGUGACCAUUGAAAUGUGCAAUGCUCUCAACAGCGUCUCAGAGAACCAGUCACUGCUGCGCAUGCCACCCUGGCUGAAUCCUUGGCUGCUGGGGGCUGUGGUCAUGUCCAUGGCUCUGCAUUUUCUCAUCCUUUUGGUGCCGCCUCUGCCUCUCAUUUUCCAGGUGACCCCACUGAGUGGUCGGCAGUGGGGGGUGGUGCUUCAGAUGUCUCUGCCUGUCAUCCUGCUCGAUGAGGCCCUCAAAUAUCUGUCCAGGAAUCACAUGGAUGGUGUUCUCGGGACAUUUAUGCAGGCUUGGAGUAGGCAACCACCGACCACUUCCAGGACCCAUACCACACCGGAAAAAAAAAGGACCUGAAGUAAAUCCUGGGACCAGAGGGGAGUCUCCAGUGUGGC